GAUGUCGCGGCGGCCCAUAAGCUGAGAGGGCGCUAUGAUCCUCCAAGGCAGUCCAAGUUCAGAGUCUCCGCAAUUCUGCGCUUCGUGCGCCCGGAUGGCUCAACCGACAUCUUGGAGGCCGUGAAUGCCGAGCCCCACGACGCGAACAUCCGCGGUGCGAUCUGUGCUGAGAGAGCGGCUCUCUGCCAGUUCCAGAAGGACGAGCUUCAGAAAGGCAGCCGGGUUGUGCGGGUAGUCUGCGCCACCGACUGCGAG